GUCGCCUAGUAGCCGACGCCGCCUUUGCCUGCUGGGAGCUAGUUGGCGGGACUCAGAGUUCGCGUGGAACCGCGCUAGGCAGCGAUCGGGAGCCCGGGAGGGGUUCCGCUAGGUGGUUCGAUAGAUGAGGGACCACCGCGGGCUGUCAGGAUUGGUCUAGGUGGAUGGAUCAUUGCAGACGGAACAGCGUCUCUUCACUAGCAGAAGGUGGAACACAGUGAAAGAAUUCAAGAUGCCACCUAAUAUAAACUGGAAAGAAAUAAUGAAAGUUGACCCAGAUGACCUGCCUCGGCAAGAAGAACUGGCAGAUAAUUUAUUGGUUUCCUUGUCCAAGGUGGAAGUAAAUGAGCUAAGAAAUGAAAGUCAAGAAAAUGUGGUUCACCUUUUCAGGAUUACUCAGUCACUAAUGAAGAUGAAAGCUCAGGAAGUAGAGCUAGCUUUGGAAGAAGUUGAAAAAGCUGGAGAAGAACAAGCAAAAUUUGAAAAUCAAUUAAAAACUAAAGUAAUGAAACUGGAAAAUGAAUUGGAGAUGGCUCAGCAGUCUGCUGGUGGACGGGACACUCGGUUUUUACGUGAUGAAAUUCGCCAACUUGAAAAGCAGUUGGAACAAAAAGACAGAGAAUUAGAGGAUAUGGAGAAAGAGUUGGAGAAAGAGAAGAAAGUCAAUGAACAAUUGGCUCUUCGCAAUGAGGAGGCAGAAAAUGAAAACAGCAAAUUAAGAAGAGAGAAUGAACAGCUGCGUCAGGAUAUUAUCGACUACCAGAAACAAAUAGAUUCACAAAAAGAAACACUUUUAUCAAGAAGAGGAGAAGAUAGUGAUUAUCGAUCCCAGUUGUCUAAAAAGAACUAUGAACUUGUCCAGUAUCUGGAUGAAAUUCAGACUUUAACAGAAGCUAAUGAGAAAAUUGAAGUUCAGAAUGAAGAAAUGAGAAAAAAUCUAGAAGAGUCUGUACAGGAAAUGGAGAAGAUGACUGAUGAAUAUAAUAGGAUGAAAUCCAUUGUGCAUCAGACAGAUACUAUAAUGGACCAGUUAAAAAAAGAAAAUGAACAUUAUCGACUUCAAGUGCAAGAGCUUACAGAUCUUCUGAAAGCAAAAAAUGAAGAAGAUGAUCCAAUCAUGAUAGCUGUCAAUGCAAAAGUAGAAGAAUGGAAGUCAAUUUUAUCUUCUAAAGAUGAUGAGAUUAUUGAAUAUCAGCAAAUGUUACAUAAUCUCAGGGAGAAACUUAAAAAUGCCCAGCUUGAUGCUGAUAAAAGUAAUGUUAUGGCUCUACAACAGGGUAUUCAGGAACGAGAUAGUCAAAUUAAGAUGCUAACUGAACAAGUAGAGCAAUAUACGAAAGAAAUGGAAAAAAAUACUUUUAUCAUUGAAGAUUUGAAAAAUGAACUCCAAAGAAACAAAGGUGCUUCUACCCUUUCUCAACAGACUCAUUAUAUGAAAAUUCAGUCAAAGCUACAAAUUUUAGAAGAGAAAACUAAAGAGGCUGAGAGAACAGCUGAGCUGGCUGAAGCUGAUGCUAGGGAAAAGGAUAAAGAAUUAGUUGAGGCUCUGAAGCGGUUAAAAGAUUAUGAAUCGGGUGUAUAUGGUUUAGAAGAUGCUGUUGUUGAGAUAAAGAAUUGUAAAAACCAAAUUAAAAUAAGAGAUCGAGAGAUUGAAGAAUUGACAAAGGAAAUCAAUAAACUUGAAUUGAAGAUCAAUGAUUUCCUGGAUGAAAAUGAGGCACUUAGAGAACGUGUGGGCCUUGAAUCAAAGACAAUGAUUGAUUUAACCGAAUUUAGAAACAGCAAACGAUUGAAACAGCAGCAAUACAGAGCUGAAAACCAAAUUCUUUUGAAAGAGAUUGAAAGUCUAGAGGAAGAACGACUUGAUUUGAAAAGAAAAAUUCGUCAAAUGGCUCAAGAAAGAGGAAAAAGAAGUGCAACUUCAGGAUUAACCACUGAGGACCUGAACCUAUCUGAAAACUUUCCCCAAGAAUACAGAAUAGAAGAAAGAAAACUGGAUUUCAUGAGCCUCAAAAGUAUGAGUGAAACACAAUCAAAGAAUGAAGCCAUAGCACAGGAUUUAUUAAUCAAAGAAGCAGAGAGUAGAAAUGCAGAAAUAGAGCUUGAACGUCAUAGAAGCCAGGCAGAACAGAAUGAAUUUCUUUCAAGAGAACUAAUUGAAAAGGAAAGAGAUUUGGAAAGAUGUAGGACAGUAAUAGCCAAAUUUCAGAAUAAAUUGAAAGAAUUACUUGAAGAGAAUAAGCAACUUGAAGAAGGUAUGAAAGAAAUAUUGCAAGCAAUUAAGGAAAUACAGAAAGAUCCUGAUGUUAAAGGUGGAGAAACAUCUUUAAUUAUCCCUAGUCUGGAAAGACUAGUUAAUGCUAUUGAAUCAAAGAAUGCAGAAGGAAUCUUUGAUGCCAGUUUGCAUUUGAAAGCUCAAGUUGAUCAACUUACUGGAAGGAAUGAAGAGUUAAGACAAGAACUCAGGGAAUCCCGGAAGGAGGCUAUAAAUUAUUCCCAACAGUUGGCAAAAGCCAAUUUAAAGAUAGAUCAUCUUGAAAAAGAAACCAGUCUUUUACGAAAAUCAGAAGGAUCCAAUGUGGUUUUUAAAGGAAUAGACUUACCUGAUGGGAUAGCACCAUCUAGUGCCAAUAUUAUUAAUUCUCAGAAUGAAUAUUUAAUACAUCUUUUACAGGAACUGGAGAAUAAGGAAUGUAAGUUGAAGAAUUUAGAAGAUUCUCUUGAAGACUAUAACAGAAAAUUUGCAGUAAUUCGUCAUCAACAAAGCUUAUUAUAUAAAGAAUAUCUAAGUGAAAAGGAGACCUGGAAAACAGAAACUGAAGCAAUUAAAGAGGAAAAGAGAAAACUCGAGGAUCAAAUCCAACAAGAUGCUAUAAAAGUAAAAGAAUAUAAUAAUUUGCUCAGUGCUCUUCAAAUGGAUUCAGAUGAAAUGAAGAAAACACUUUCAGAAAAUAGUAGAAGAAUCACUGUCUUGCAAGUAAAUGAAAAGUCACUCAUAAGGCAGUAUACAACCUUAGUAGAAAUGGAACGACAACUUAGAAAAGAAAAUGGCAAACAGAAGAAUGAAUUGAUGUCAAUGGAGGCUGAAGUUUGUGAAAAAAUUGGAUGUUUGCAAAGAUUUAAGGAAAUGGCCAUUUUCAAGAUUGCAGCUCUCCAAAAAGUUAUAGACAACAGUGUUUCUUUAUCUGAACUAGAAUUGGCCAAUAAACAAUACAAUGAACUGACUGCUAAGUACAGGGACAUCUUACAAAAGGAUAAUAUGCUCGUUCAAAGAACAAAUAACUUGGAACACCUAGAGUGUGAAAAUGCAUCUUUAAAAGAACAAAUGGAGUCUCUAAAUAAAGAACUGGAGAUUACCAAGGAAAAACUUCACACUAUUGAACAAGCCUGGGAACAAGAAACUAAAUUAAGAAAUGAAUCUAACAUGGACAAAGCAAAAAAAUCAAUAACCAACAGUGAAAUUGUUUCUAUUUCAAAAAAAAUCACUAUGUUGGAGAUGAAGGAGUUAAAUGAGAGGCAGCGGGCUGAACAUUGUCAAAAAAUGUAUGAACACUUAAGGACUUCAUUGAAACAAAUGGAAGAACGUAAUUUUGAAUUGGAAACCAAAUUUUCUGAGCUUACCAAAAUCAACUUAGAUGCACAGAAGGUGGAACAGAUGUUAAGAGAUGAAUUAGCUGACAGUGUGAGCAAGGCAGUAAGUGAUGCUGAUAGACAACGGAUUCUAGAGUUAGAGAAGAACGAAAUGGAACUAAAAGUUGAAGUGUCAAAAUUAAGAGAGAUUUCUGAUAUUGCCAAAAGGCAAGUUGAAAUUCUGAAUAUACAACAACAGUCCAGGGAAAAGGAAGUGGAUUCUCUCAGAAUGCAACUAGUAGACUAUCAGGCACAAUCUGAUGAAAAAGCACUAAUUGCCAAGUUGCACCAAAGUAUUGUUUCUCUUCAAAUUAGUGAGGCUACUGCUCUUGGUAAGUUGGAGUCAGUUACAUCUAAAUUGCAGAAGAUGCAGGCCUACAAUUUGCGGUUGGAGCAGAAACUUGAUGAAAAAGAACAGGCUCUCUAUUAUGCCCGUUUGGAGGGGAGAAACAGAGCAAAACAUCUGCGCCAAACUAUUCAGUCCCUGCGACGCCAGUUUAGUGGAGCUUUACCAUUGGCACAACAGGAAAAGUUCUCUAAAACAAUGAUUCAACUACAAAAUGACAAACUUAAGAUAAUGCAAGAGAUGAAGAAUUCUCAACAAGAACGUAGAAAUAUGGAGAACAAAACACUGGAGAUGGAAUUAAAGUUAAAGGGUCUAGAAGAAUUAAUAAGCACGUUAAAGGAUGCCAGGGGAGCCCAAAAGGUAAUUAAUUGGCAUAUGAAAAUAGAAGAACUUCGUCUUCAAGAACUUAAGCUAAAUCGAGAAUUAGUCAAGGAUAAAGAAGAAAUAAAAUACUUGAAUAAUAUAAUAUCUGAAUACGAACAAACAAUCAGCAGUUUGGAGGAAGAAAUCGUGCAGCAGAACAAGUUUCAUGAAGAAAGACAAAUGGCCUGGGAUCAAAGAGAAGUUGAACUGGAACGUCAAUUAGACAUUUUUGACCAUCAGCAAAAUGAAAUACUCAAUGCAGCACAAAAGUUUGAAGCAGCUACAGGAUCAAUGCCAGACCCCAGUUUGCCCCUUCCAAAUCAAUUGGAGAUUGCUCUAAGAAAAAUUAAGGAGAAUGUUCGGAUAAUUCUAGAAACACAGGCAACAUGCAAAUCACUAGAAGAGAAGCUUAAAGAAAAAGAAUCUGCUUUACGGUUAGCAGAGCAAAAUAUUCUGUCAAGAGAUAAAGUAAUCAAUGAACUGAGGCUUCGAUUGCCUGCUACUGCAGAACGAGAAAAACUUAUUGCUGAGCUAAGCAGAAAAGAGGUGGAACCAAAAUCUCAUUACACAUUGAAAAUUGCACACCAAACCAUUGCAAACAUGCAAGCAAGGUUAAAUCAAAAGGAGGAAGUAUUAAAGAAAUACCAACAUCUUCUAGAAAAAGCCAGAGAGGAGCAAAGAGAACUUGUUAAGAAACAUGAGGAAGAUCUUCAUAUUCUUCAUCAUAAACUAGAAGUACAGGCUGAUAGUUCCCUCAAUAAAUUCAAACAAACAGCUUGGGAUUUAAUAAAGCAAUCUCCUACUCCAGUUCCUACCAAGAACCACUUUAUUCGUCUGGCUGAGAUGGAACAGACAGUAGCAGAACAAGAUGAUUCACUGUCUUCACUUUUGGCCAAACUAAAAAAAGUAUCACAAGAGUUAGAGAGACAAAGAGAAAUAACUGAAUUAAAAAUCAAAGAAUUUGAAAAUAUCAAAUUACAGCUUCAAGAAAACCAUGCAGAUGAAGUGAAAAAAGUGAAAGCAGAAGUAGAGGAUUUAAGGUGUCUCCUGGCCAAGUCACAAAAGGAGUCACAGAGUUUAAAGUCUGAACUUCAAGCUCAAAAGGAAGCAAAUUCAAGAGCUCCAACAACUACAAUGAGAAAUCUAGUAGAACGACUAAAGAGCCAACUAGAUUUGAAAGAGAAACAACAAAAAGCACUUAGUCGAGCUCUUUUAGAACUCCGGGCAGAAAUGACAGCAGCAGCUGAAGAACGUAUCAUUUCUAUAACUUCUCAGAAAGAGGCAAACCUCAAUGUUCAACAAGUUGUUGAUCGGCAGACCAGAGAGCUAAAGUCACAAAUUGAAGAUUUAAAUGAAAAUCUUUCAAAGUUGAAAGAAGCUCUUAAAACAAGUAAAAACAGAGAAAAUUCACUAACUGAUAAUUUGAAUGAUUUAAACAAUGAACUGCAAAAAAAACAAAAAGCCUAUAAUAAAAUACUUAGAGAGAAAGAUGAAAUGGAUCAAGAGAAUGGUGAACUCAAAAGGCAAAUUAAAAGAUUAACCAGUGGAUUACAGAGCAAGGCCCUGAUAGAUAAUAAACAAAGUUUAAUUGAAGAACUUCAAAAGAAAGUUAAAAAACUAGAAAGCCAACUGGAAAAAAAGGUAGAUGAAGUAGAAAUAAAACCUAUGAAAGAAAAGAGUGCUAAAGAAGAAUUGAUUAGGUGGGAAGAAGGUAAAAAAUGGCAAACCAAAAUUGAGGGAAUUCGAAACAAGUUAAAAGAGAAAGAGGGGGAAGUCUGUACUCUAACAAAGCAGUUAAACACUUUAAAGGAUCUUUUUGCCAAAGCUGAUAAAGAAAAACUUACUUUGCAGAAGAAACUGAAAUCAACUGGUGUAACUGUUGAUCAAGUUAUGGGAAUACGAGCUUUGGAGUCAGAAAAAGAACUGGAGGAAUUAAGAAAGAGAAAUCUUGACUUAGAAAAUGACAUAUUGCAUAUAAGGACACAGCAAGCUCUUCCUCGAGAUUCUGUUAUAGAAGAUCUGCGUUUACAAAACAGAUACCUCCAAGAAAAACUUCAUGCUCUAGAAAAGCAGCUUUCAAAGGAUGCAUAUUCUGGGCCUUCAACUUCAGUAGAGUCUGAGCACUCUGAGAGAGAACAGGAGCUUCAGAAGGAAAACUUAAAGUUGUCAACUGAAAAUAUUGAACUGAGAUUUCAGCUUGAACAAGCAAAUAAAGAUUUGCCAAGAUUAAAGAAUCAAGUAAGAGAUUUGAAAGAAAUGUGUGAAUUUCUUAAAAAAGGAAAAAUGGAAGUUGAACGGAAACUUGGCCAUGUUAGAGGGUCUGGAAGAAGUGGAAAGACAAUCCCAGAACUAGAGAAAACCAUUGGUUUAAUGAAAAAAGUAGUUGAAAAAGUCCAAAGAGAAAAUGAACAGUUGAAAAAGGCAUCAGGAAUACUCACAAGUGAAAAAAUGGCAAAUAUUGAGAUGGAAAAUGAAAAAUUGAAGACUGAAUUAGAAAAACUUAAAGCUCACCUUGGGCGUCAGUUGAGUUUGCACUAUGAAUCCAAGACAAAAGGCACAGAGAAAAUUGUUGCUGAAAAUGAAAGGCUUCGUAAAGAACUUAAAAAGGAAACUGAAGCUGCAGAGAAAUUACGGAUAGCCAAGAAUAAUUUAGAGAUUUUAAAUGAGAAGAUGACAGCUCAACUAGAAGAGACUGGAAAGAAAUUACAGUUUGCAGAAAGUAGAGGGCCACAGCUUGAAGGUGCUGACAGGAAGAGCUGGAAAUCAAUUGUCAUUACAAGGAUGUAUGAAACUAAGUUGAAAGAAUUGGAAACUGAUAUUGCCAAAAAAAAUCAAAGUAUUAAUGAUCUUAAGCAACUUGUAAAAGAAGCAACAGAGAGAGAACAGAAAGUUAAGAGAUACACUGAAGAUCUCGAACGACAGAUUGAGAUUCUCAAACAAGUUCCUGAUGGUGUCAUGACAGAGCAAGACCUUAAACGUGAGCUUCAAGUUCUUAGAUUAGCUAAUAGCCAACUGGAUAAAGAAAAAGCAGAAUUAAUCCAACAGAUAGAAGCUAAGGACCAAAGUGGAGCAGAAAGUGCUGUAUCUGAUGCUGAUCAACUAAAGGAAACAGUAAAAGACCUAGAGGUACAGCUUAAAACAGCAAAUCUAGAAAAGCAGCAUUUAAAGGAGGAAAUAAAAAAGCUGAAGAAAGAACUGGAAAAUUUUGAUCCUUCAUUUUUUGAAGAAAUUGAAGAUCUAAAGUAUAAUUACAAGGAAGAAGUGAAAAAAAAUAUUCUCUUAGAAGAAAAGUUAAAAAAACUUUCUGAGCAAUUUGGUGUUGAAUUAACUAGCCCUGUUACUUGUUCUGAACAGUUUGAAAGUGAAGAUGGAAGUCCUGAUAAUUUCCCUAUUUAUUAAGGGCC